UUCCAGUGAGGUGAUUGGUCAGCGAAUCACCCCACAUUCUCAUUUUACUAUCCGCGCAAUCUGAACCAUGCCAGGAAGUGGGAAUUUCGUUGUUGGUUUUGUUUGUUGUUGCCUAUCCACGAAGUCGGACGCUAUUGAGAGAAUAAAAGGAGAGGAGUUACCACUCACGGUCAGUUUUUAUCUCGCUCGCUCGCAGUGAAGUGCUACCUGACAUAGAUAGUUUGCAUAACAUUCCUUAGUGUGUAACGAUCAGCUGAUUGCAAGCAUGUGCAACAAAAUGAACGUUCCUUCAACAAACUUACUUGCUUCCGCAAUUGGUUUAGCUGUGGUCUUGUUGGGGACAGCGGUAGUGGACGCAACGUUACCAAGCGGACAGACAAGACAGGCCAGACCAGUCGGACAGGCACGACAGGUCCGAUAUGAACAUUUUGACGACUACUUGAUGAGUAUGAGUGAGGACCUCGAAAAUCAAGACCUUGUGACUCCUGCCAGACACAUCCCCGAAUCCCGCCAUCACAGCCGAACACAUCACCGCGGUGAUGACGCCACCGAAUUAGUGGGCAGAUUGAGCCAUUUGCUAUCGACAUCCGACGAUGAAGAUGUAACUGAGGGAAGCGGCAGCGAGGCCAGUGAUGGGCAUCGAUCAAACACAGUAUCGGCGGUCUCCACACCUAGUAUCAAUAUACUGGCGUAUUUCAGAGAUGUGCCAAGGGAACACUGGUCCUGCUGCAUGCUCGGGGUUCUAUCUGGUGAUAAAGGCUUCCACUGCCAGGCAUCGUUCUACGCAGCCAGAAUCGUCCUUCGGAACCGAAAUCGUUCUCACAACCGACGCAUGCCGUUCCAUGGGCAUAAUAGGAAUCCCACUUAUGGUAAAGACAUCAUGUACCACUUCCAAGGGUGCGUGGAGCGCCGCGCUGCCGAGUUCCACAAAUGCUGCUACGCCGCCACGCUGGAACGGAUGGAGAUGGACCGAUGGAGACGGUACAGAGAUUUCGUUUCAAGGACUAGGGGAAACUAGACUACAUUGUAUGCUCUGAGUAGACUUUUAACCGUUGACCUCGGAUGUUUUUUUCAAAGAUUGGGCAAGCCCCAGUACCGGUAACUUUGUGAUGACAGAUGAAGGGAAAAGGAACGCAGCUUUUGCUACAUCCUUCACGGUUGUUUCCGAGAGAUCUCAUUGCGUUUCUUCUCACCGUUAACGAACAAUGUGUGUGCUUCAGGACGGUAUGUACAUCGUGCGAUGGGUUGGUUAUUGGACGAAGUAGUUAGAGAUGAGAGACACGACUGGGCCACUAUGCUGUAGGACCGAAAGGAAGAACACGGCUUUUGACUUUUGGUUAAAGUUGAAAUUUGUCGGAGGUGUAGUGCGGGUUUUCACAGCAAUCUGGUCCAGGUAUACGGAGCAAGAAUAAACUAGUUGAACUACUCCUAGAAUAUUCGUUCUGGUUGUGACACUAGCAGUAAAAAGUUGGCUUUCGGAUGAAGGUUUUCUGUCAUGUAGGCUAUUAACUGCUGUAUCGGUUUUCUGUUCAGAGUGCGACAACUGUCCGCAAAAGGACUGAAUUGCAUGCGUUUGUUUGAUUAUUCGUGAAUUUACCCUAGAGUUUGUUACUAGUAGGCCUAUUGCAUGCGUGCCAUUCUCGAUAUAGUAUAUACUCAGAUUUUUCUCCUGCACGCACCUUCAUUUUCUGUUUAUUUCCUGACUAAACGAAGUCGUUGCAAAUGUUUUGCAGGACCGAUUGACUGUAUCAUUGGUUUACCAGACUUCAGAUCAGCAGUAAGAAAAAAAGCUUCCGCUGUUACCUUGCAAGUUUCUGUCUUCUGGUGUAACGAAGGGACCGUCUCAAAGAUAUCUUAAUGCCAAUUAAGCGAAAAUGUUUACUCUUCCGCCCUGACUAGACCUCCCUCCUUAGAACUGAAAUUUUGUUAUAUGUUUGCUUCAUUACUUUCACUGAUAUAUGUAUAAGCUCGCCUUAUACAUGUAUAUGUUUGUUAGAUACGAGAUGGUUAGAAAAACCCUAAGAUGUAGGUCAAGAAAGUGAUAAGGCAAGUGAAAGUAGGACGCUGUUCUUGCUAUAUCUCUGACAGUGCUCUGUAGGCGGUACAUAUUGCGCUAAUAAAAACUAAGGUCACUGUUGAAAAGAAAUUAAGUUAGGACACUGAAAUUGGCAACCCCUCACCCAAGUACAUUCGCUUCAAUGGCUUUAUAGUAUUUUGUGACGGUCCCUUAAGCCUCACCUUCACUUUAGCAAACUCCUCUAAACAUCUGCAAGUAGACCUACAUCAUCAAACGCAGAGUAUGCUUCUCCGCCUGUUGGGGAGGAUUGGCGAGAUUUGCUUAACAUCAGCAAACAUGUUUUCAAGAAUGAACAUGUCAAAUUAUUUCGAAAGAAGUUUGCUACUGUUUGCUGGUGUUUGGAAACACAUUCACAUUGAUAUCAAACUGUUUUGUGGCAAACACGACCAAACACAAACUUUGCUGAUGUUUGCCAAGAAAUGUUUGUUAUGUAGACCAGGCUUAAGUAUUUGACUGGAUUUGAUCUGAUACCAACUUGACUAACUCUAAUCGAGACGAAUACACUUGAUCCUGUUGUUGCAAUCUUGGGACAGCUUGAGGCGAAUAUUGGCUGCCUUCUUGUAACAUUUGGAAUGAGGAGAAACCUUAAAUGUACACAGUCUGUCUGUUGAUAACUUUGUUGCAUUAGGGCCCCAUAGACCAGGGGAUACCAUGCUUGUAAUAAAGGUUAUAUUUCGCGGGGGAGGAAGUCAUAUAGCUACUUGUAAGCAGUAUCAUCAAAGGUCGUGGUACUGGUAUCAUAUUCAGGAUGAAUAUUUCAGGGAACUGAAGCUAUUCCAAACGGCCCUAUACUGAAGAAACGGUUCCCUUUUGGUGAAAAGACUGAGAUUGCCAUUGACUGAAUGGUAUAUCAACAUCUCUGACAAUUAACUGAUGAAAAACGUACUACACCAUGGCCUAAGGUAAACUUUAUUUGUUACUGCAAGAGGCAAUCACUCUAAAACUAGAGAGAAUUUCAUCGUUAAUGCGGUCACCCAUGCUCUAGAGGAACUUCUGUCAUAACUGAAAGAUCUGUAAACAUUGCAUUUCAUUUUAUUUGUGUAUAUAAUUAAUAAUUAAAGGGACCUAAACCUUCAGUCAUUCUCAUUGUAGCAGGAUUUUGGGGUAGUUCUAAAAAAUCCAUUGACACUCUCACACUUUGAUUGAGUGUAUUUUUAGGUACGAUGCAAAUGUCUGUUGUGAGAGGUCACGCACCUGUAUUAAACGAAAAUAGUUCAGUUUUAGAUCAAUGCGUGGUCUAACCAUACCAGUUGAAUGGUAAUUUCCAUUUAAGAUAUAUUUCUUCUUGAGUUCUGAAUAACUGUGUGAAAAAAAUGAAGAAAAUGAUGAAUUUUCAGUCCAUAAUAGCUUACUUGUGUGGUUUUGAGGCUCCAUUUAUAAAGCGGUCGUGGCGAAUAAUGUGAUUCGCAGGUUAAAUGCUGUAAAAAAAUCAUAUCGUGCAUAACGUACAACGAAAAUGUCAUGGUUUGACAGGCUAGGAUAGGUCUAUUUGGCUGUGAAAGCGUUCCUCCCUCGGAAAAAGUUAUUAGCAUAUUACACCAUUACAAAGGGAAAACGGCUAAAAACUUUAUUACAGGUGCGUCACCGGGAGGCUACCUUGCACGUCCCUUAAGAAACAAAGGGGCGUAACCAACAUUCUGGAUUUUGUUUUAUGACUCUUAAACUACCCAAAAGGUGUCAGAAAGGUAGCGUAGUUUCAUUCGCAACUCAUUUUUUUCGGAACAUGAUAUCAUCUGAUGUGGUACAUGUUUGGGUCAAAAUAAUACAUUAUAUGCAUGUUGAGACAAUUUGAAGAACAUUUUUCAAUUUUCAUUUGGGGAAUGAAAAGAAAUACACGUAUCUCUUUUACGACCUUUUAUUACUCAAGGGUGACAUGACAUCCCGACGUUCUCAUCUGUAAAAAUAACAAUUAAUUGUUAAUCACUUGACUGAUUAUGGUUAAUAUUAGGGCAGAAAAAUAGCUGCCAGUGUUAUUGUGUAGGGGGAGGGGGGCGGGGGGGGGGGAACGUUUAUCAUAUCUUUAGGACUUUAAAAGCAGGGCGUGCUGUGUGGUCCGCACUGCGAUAUCAUCGAUCAUGUUGGUAAGAGCGUUUGAGUCCCAUGAAAUAGGAAGUGUCAUGCUUUAUAUAAUCUAGAUAUUUAUGUCCUACGCAAAGCCUCGGUAUUCAGCUGUUGGUCUAAGAGGUCGCGUGUAGAAACUGGGUACCAAUCUUUCGCAGCGUGUCGCGCACUUGUAGCAAACCAUCAGUUUUGCAGGAUGGGAAAGUUUAUAGUGGGGUGAUCAGAAUAAUGUCCCUGAUGUCCCAAAUCACAAACUGAUAUUUGUUGUAUAUAUGUAGAUUUGUUGUAAAUUAGAAUAGAGCAACGGGCAUAUUAAACACUAUGAAGAA